AUGGCUGGUAUAUGUUUGUCUCUGUUUGGAUUCAGUCUUAUCUGUCUAAAAAUGGUCACGUCAGCAAAAUCAGUUCCCGAAGUACCCUUUAUUGAUCAGGCGUAUUCAAAGAUCAGCAACAGUAUCACCGUGGAAUGGGGUACAGUGCCUGGGGCCACUAGCUAUCUCCUCACGGCUGAGGACGGGGAUACUGUCAUUGAAACCGUGGUGGCCAAUUCACCAGGGACUGUGAUGGGCCUGAAAGCUGCAACCUUGUACCAAAUCACUGUCAGAUCCAUUGGUGCCACAGGGAGAAGUGAAGCAUCACCCCCAAAGCAGGCAAAGACAGUGUUGGCAGCACCAAUUCUCGAAGUGAGUUCUCCCAGUCCAGACUCCAUUCUUGUACGCUGGGAAGAUGUCUACAUGGCCACGGGGUUUUCUGUGUCCAUUAUGCAAGCCAAUGGUUUGGGGAGAAUCUGGAAAGAGAAUACCACAGGCACUUCCUUGACAUUCACCAGUUUAGAUGCUGGGACUCUCUACACCAUCAAGGCAUAUGCCUGGAAUGCCAAUGGAACCCCUGGAGAUGACUCCACCUAUAAUCAGAGAACAAGUCCUCGAGCUCCUGAUAACAUUCAAGUAUUCUUUGAUAGUGGGGCUCUGCAAGCAACUGUCUCCUGGACCUUGACAGAAGGCACUUUCAACUAUACUGUGGUGGCGCUGAGUGACACUUCAGAGCUGAGCUGUAGUACAUCUCUCAGUUCCUGCACAAUCUCCUCUCUGCAGUGUGGAACAGAGUACUUGAUUUCAGUUCUAGCAAGUAAUGAUGCUGGAUCCAGCAGAUCAACUUCAGCUGUGCCUCUGAAAACAGUUGCUUGUGCCCCCGGAAGAGUGACUAUCCAAGAAGACCCCCCUGGCCAUCUCUCAGUGACUUGGUCCAAUGUGGAUCUGGGUGAUUACUAUGUGGCCUUUGUAAAGAGUGAUGAUGGCUUGGAAGUACAUUGCAACACAUCUCUUACCCACUGCAAUUUCUUAUCGGAGUGUGGCUUCACUUACUUCAUUAGUGUCUUUGCCUAUAACAAGGCAGGGCAGAGUCCUUUGGGGGAUGUGUUCAAUUAUACCACAGCUCCCUGCUGUCCUACUGACAUUAACCCAGUGGUGAUAUCCAGCGACAGAGUAGAGAUUGUUUGGUCUCCUGUCCGUGGUGCUGAACUGUAUGAAACCAGGGCAAUGGAUGGAUUCAAUGUGGUUGCAUGCAAUGACACAGCUCCUGCAUGCACCCUUUCCGCCUUAGAGUGUGACACGAAGUACAAUAUCACGGUAUAUUCCUUCAGCGAGGCCCGGGGCAGCAGCACAUCCUGUACUUCUCAAGGUUUCACCACAGCUCCUUGCAGCCCAGAAAUAAAAAGUGUUUCCAAGGAUGAAUUCUCUAUGGUUAAUGUUUAUUGGCAACCCACAAAUGAAGAUGCGACGUACACAGUGACUGCCCAAGGGGAGAAAGGGCUGUACAGGUGCAGCAGUGUGGGUGAAUCCUGUGCCCUGCAUGGUUUGCCCUGUGGCUCUGUGUUCUCCAUCACUGCUGUGGCAGAGACCCAGGCAGGACAGAGCCUCCCCAGCUACAGUGUGCCCUUAGAAACAGUACCAUGCUGUCCUGCAGGCUUAACAGUAACCCAGGUGACCCAAUCAGUCAUCAACGUGAGCUGGACUGAGAGUACUGGGGCCCAGACCUAUAUGACAGUUCUGGAAUCACAUACCGGCCCAUCUAAGUGUCACACCUAUCAGAACCACUGCCUCCUGGGCUGCUUCACCUGUGGCAUCAACUACACUGUGACACUGAAAGCAGUUAGUGCCACUGGGUUGACUACGGACUGCGCUUACCAAAAUUAUUCCUCCAGUGCCUGCUGCCCUUUGGGGGUGAAAUUAUAUAGGCUGGGCCCAAAUGGCAUCAGGAUCUACUGGCAGGCCUCCCGGGGCUCUGCCAAUUACAGCACUGACCUCUCCGGUUCCAAAGGCAUUUUCACAUGUGUUCCAAGUGCUGGCCACAGUUUCUGUGAUGUCACUGAAAUACCCUGUGGGGAUGUAUAUACUGUGGUGGUCUCACCAGUUGCUGAGUCAGGACUGAAAUUUACCUUCUGUCCCAAAAAAAUAUAUUCAGUAACCUGCUCUGGAAGUACACUUGGAAUGGUGAUCUACCGAGGAAAGACAAAGGCAGAAUAA